CCUCGAGCAAGAAGAAGAAGGGGAUGGCGAGGGAAAUGAAGUGAAAUGAAGAAGCUUAACUGUCACUUUAUGUUCUUCAAUACGUUCAGGAUCAGCUUCUGAGAAUCAAGUAUCAUGGGCCGCCACAGCAGCAGUUUUAACUCCUUUGUCUUUCCUGUUGUAAUGGGAUGUCUUGCUGCGUUGAUGCUUAGCAGCGCCUUGAUAUACUUGUAUCUGGAAGGUGUGUAUCAGUCAGAUGAGAAGCUAGUGAGUACCCAUGCUGGCUGUCUCUCUCAACACUUUAAACUGCCAUCAAUGGAAAACUGUAGCAAAUGGCUCCAGUGUUCACAGAUCAAAUCAGAAGUGCACAAGGUGAAGCUGAUUGGCCAGGGAGCUGUAAAGAAGGUUUACCUGGCAGAUUGGAAAGGUCAUAAGGUUGCUUUAUCUGAGCUAGCCUCUCUAGAAUACAGAGAAGACUUUCUUCAUGGACUUUCAAUGUUACAGGCCCUUCAAGACUCACUUGUGGUGCAGCUGGUUGGGUUCUGUCUGGAAAACAACUCAAUCAUUACUCAGCACCACCCACAUGGGUCAUUGUUGAAUCUGGAAAAUGUUCUGGCGCAGCCAAAGUACCAGCAUCUAAACACUUGGCACAUACGGCUAAGACUGGCCACAGACUACGUCUCCAUUCUCCACUACCUGCAUAACAGCCCUGCUGGAAGAAGAGUGAUGUGUGACUCGAACAGCUUGGAGAAAACCCUUUCCCAGUUCCUGCUGACGAAUGACUUCCAUGUGGUGAUAAAUGACCUAGAUGCGCUGCCUGAAGUAAAUCCAUCUGGGGGCAUGUUAGUGAAAUGCGGCAGCCGAGAGCUCACUGGACACUUUGUAGCCCCAGAGCAGCUUUGGCCUUUCAUAGACGAUGAGCAGCCAUUCUCAGAUGAUCUAAUGCCACCAUAUGAUGAAAAGACAGAUAUCUGGAAGAUUCCAGAUGUGACACAGUUCAUAAUGGGAAGGACUCCAGGAGGAGAUCUAGUACAUUUUCAUCUUUUUCAGAUCCAUAAGGAAUGCAAAAAUGUAUUGCCUAGGUUACGACCUUCUGCUUUUGAUGUUUUGAAGACAUAUAAAUCAGUCUAUGGUGCCGUUGUUAGAGAAAACAGAGAUAUGCUCUAGAAAGACGUUUUAUUAAUUAAAUAAACAGAAAAGACUGCAUGAACUUUUGUUUGAAAGACUUGUGGUUGAAUGUGAUCUGGGUUAGUAAUAAGUGUAACUAAGCCUCUUUAUUUAGACAACAUUUUAAAAGAAUGCUGCUCCAGAAAGAUCAUUUAAGUACACAUCAGAGAAUCUAUUUGGUUUUCUAUUAAAUGUAAUGUUUUUGUAUUUCCUGAAACACAGAUGAGUAGGAAGUGAGGAUUUAUUUUUCAAAGAGGAGCUAUCACCAAGUGAUAUAUUAUUUGCUGCAUAAUUGAGUUAGCAGAAAAAAUAUUUAUAGUGGAGGAAGGUCAGUCAUUUUCAAAUUCCAUCAUUCAUCUAUAUAGACAAUUUUAUAUCCACAGUAACAGAGGUGUCAUAAGUAUUAAUGUUUUUAUAUACUACUCAACUAGAAGUAGAAGUCCUACCGUUUAAAUAACUUUUGUUGAAGUUAGUCAACUUCAGCUUUUUACUCAAGUAAGAGAACCAUUUUUUUUAAAAAUACUUAAGGAAUAGAAAUAAAAGUAAUGCAGGAAAAAAGGUUAUGGACUGAUGCUUUACUGCACUAGGCCAGGGUUCCCGCGGCUCCUUAAGAAUUCUUAAAAGGCAUUGAAUUCUUCAAAAUAAAACUAAGGCCUUAAUUUGUAUUAAAAUGUCUUAAAUCAGUCUUUCGUAGGUCUUAAUUUU